GCCCAUCUCCCUGGGACCUGGGCCCAGCACUGUGAGGAGGGUCAGCCCAGGUCCCCAUUCCCGCCCCCAGGCUCCCACUCCCUGAUGUAUUUCUCCACUGUGAUGUCCCGGCAUGGCCCCGGGGAGCCCCGCUUCAUCACGGUGGGCUACGUGGGCGACACGCAGUUCGGGAGGUUCGACAGCGACUCUCUGGGUCAGAGUGUGGAGUUGCUGGAGCCCUGGGCUGGGCAGGUCAGGCAGGAGGAUGUGGAGGAGGAGACCAGGAACCAGAGGAAUGAGGCUCAGUGGUUCAAAGCGCUGCUGCAGGACCUGCCUGGCCUCUACAACCAGAGCAACAACAACGGGUCUCACACCCUGCAGAGGAUGUGUGGCUGCAAGGUGGGGCGCGACAGGCGCCUCCUCCACGGGUGCGAACAGUUCGCCUAUGACGGCGCCGAUUACAUCGCCCUGAACCCGGACCUGCGCUCCUGGACCCCCAAGGACCCGGUGGCCCAGUUCACCCAGCGCCAGUGGGAGGUGUCGGGGAUGGCGGAGCACGUCAGGGACAUUCUGCAGGGCAGGUGCCCUAUGUGGCUCCGCAGACUCCUGGAGCUGGGGAAGGAGGUGCUGCAGCGCACAGAUCCCCCAAACACAUACUUGACCCACCACCUCAUCUCUAACAAGAAUGUCACCCUGAAAUGCUGGGCCUUGGGCUUCUACCCUGCGGGCAUCACCCUGACCUGGCAGCGAGAUGGGGAGAACCUGACUGAGAACGUGGAGCAGGUGGACACCAGGCCUGGGGGCAAUGGAACCUUCCAGAAGUGGGCAGCUGUGGUGGUGCCUUCUGGAGAGGAGCAGAGAUACACGUGCCAUGUGCAGCAUGAGGGGUUGCCGGAGCCCCGAGUACUGAGAUGGGAGCCCCCUCCUCAGACCUCCACCCCCACGGGGGGCCUCAUCGCUGGCCUGGUUCUCCUUGGAGCUGUGCUCACUGGGGCUGCGGUGGCUGCAGCUGUGAUGUGGAGGAAGAAGCACUCAGGGGGACAGAGAGGAAACUACACUCUGCCUGUGGGCAGCGAUAGUGCCCAGGACCCUGCUGUGUCUCUCAGCCCCUAA